AUUUCCUCGGGUACGUCAAUUAAAAACACAUAAAUUAGAAUCAACUUUAAAACGGAGUAGCGACAGGUGAAUACGCAAUUCAAAUGAGCUAGCUUAAAUUUCAGGUCAAAUUUGACAGUUGACACUUCACGUACAACACCGUUUUGGGAUUUUUUUCUUUCCUACAGUAAUUUUUCUUUUUUAUCGGAGCACAAAUUCUUCGAUAAACAAAUCAAUCACGAAUUUAUGAUGGUGGCAAUCCAUCGUAAUAAGUUAUUGCUGAUUUUCGCCGGGGCUUUCAUUUUACAGCGAAUCCUGACGUGCACUGCCCCCUUUUUUUUCACAAGCACAAGCCCAAGAUCUUUCAACUAACAAUCACGAUUUUCCGGUAAUUAAAAAUCGAUAUCAUUGUUUAAAUAAUUGAAAUAUGCGUCGGCAUUGAAGUACUUGUAAAAAAUCACCGAAAGAUUAUGUUUGACCCUUGAGCACAAAAUAAAGUUCACCCAUCAUCUUCAGCACUUUGAGGGAGGGGGAAAAAAAUCAUGUACAUACAAAUUCCUCCACCCAAUACAUGUAAGAAUCGAUGUGUGUUUUUCGUACUUUGACCCCGCGACUCAACCAGUUUUUAUAUAAACGAUUGAUAAUAUUAUUUUUCGCCAUACCCGGUUUCGUCUUAACAAGAAAAACUUGCCGAAAACCUGUUUCGUCCGUCCAACGAAUUAAACUGAGUGCAAUCUGAUAAUUUCUAAUACCGUAGUUAAUAUAUCGAGGUUAAAAUAAAUCAUGAUCGUGUCAAAGCUUUUCAACAAUGCCCUACGACAAACCGUAUGUCGUAAUUUUUCUACAACCUCCGUCGUCUCUAAUGGCUACAGUUUCCAAUUAACCGAAACUCAGAAGGAAAUGAAAGAUGUCGCUGAAAAAUUUGCCAGAGAAGAAAUUAUUCCUGUUGCCGCAGAUUACGACAGAAGUGGAGAAUAUCCUUGGCCCAUUAUCAAGAAAGCAUGGAGCUUGGGUCUCAUGAAUGGAUCCGUUCCUCAAGAAUUUGGAGGACUUGGCCUCGGAUCAUUCGAUUCGUGUCUCGUGACAGAAGCCAUCGCGUAUGGUUGUACAGCGGUGAAGACAGCAAUGGAAACUUCUGGUUUGGCUAGUACCCCAGUCAAAAUUGGUGGUAACAAAGAACAAAAGAAAAAGUAUUUGGGCAGACUGCUCGAAGAACCUAUUGUAGCGGCUUAUUGCGUAACAGAACCUGGAGCAGGUUCGGACGUUGCUGGUCUUAAAACAAAAGCAGUGAAAAAAGGAAACGAGUGGAUAAUUAACGGAACAAAAAUGUGGAUCACAAAUGGCGGUGUUGCCAGCUGGUACUUUGUUCUGGCCAGAACAAAUCCCGAUCCAAAAGCACCAGCGAGCAAAGCAUUCACAGGUUUUAUUGUCGAUCGGGAAAGUGAGGGUCUUACGCCAGGUCGCAAGGAACUAAAUAUGGGACAAAGAGCAUCCGACACUCGAAUGAUAUCGUUCGAGGACGUGCGAGUCCCGGAAGAGAAUGUGCUGACGGGAGAGGGUGCGGGAUUCAAAAUAGCGAUGCAAACAUUCGACAGCACGCGACCGAUGGUCGCUUGCGGUGCGGUCGGUUUAGCGCAGAGGGCGAUGGACGAAGCGCUGAAGUAUUCUAUGGAGCGAAAAGCCUUCGGGAAGGCAAUAAGCGAGCAUCAGUCGGUAGCGUUUAUGCUCGCGGACAUGGCGAUUGGAAUCGAAACGGCUCGACUCGCUUGGAUGAAGGCAGCUUGGGCGGCGGACAACAAACUGCCAGAAGCGACAAUGCUCGCGAGCAUUGCCAAGUGUUACGGCGCCGACAUUGCCAACAAAUGCGCGACCGAUGCCGUACAAAUCUUCGGCGGCGCCGGUUUCAACACCGAAUAUCCUGUCGAAAAACUCAUGAGGGACGCUAAAAUUUAUCAAAUCUAUGAAGGAACCGCACAAAUUCAAAGACUCAUCAUUUCCCGUAAUAUUCUCAAGGGAAAUCAAAAAGGCUGAGAAUUUUUUAAUUAACGCAUGAGCGAGCCCGAUCCUUUUUCCCAAUCAAUUGAAUUUUCAUCGCGUCGAAACUGGCACAUUUGUCGAUGCAACGAGGAUAUUCCACUUGUCAAAAUUCCUUUUCAAAACGAUGAAUAUUUCGAGUUUUAACUUCGUUCCCAAAAAGGAUGGAACGAAAGUAGAAAAUCUAUUUUUUUUUUAAUCUUCGAAAUAGAUGGAGGAGAAAACGAAUGUUCACAGCUCGAAUGCAACAGCGAUGCAAUACUUGAUUUCGUUGAUUUUGCUACUCUUACACACAACCCCAAUGAAAUAUUUUUUAUAUCGAGUAUACCGUUGUUGUCAAGUAUACGCAAUCCAACUGCCAAAUAACGCAGUUAUCGUUACAAAUUUUACGUAAAAUAUAUGUAUUUUUGGAAAUGAGUGCUUCUCAAUUUAAAGUGCUCGUACGUUUCUUCGUGACGAUUGUUUUUAUUCGUCCUGUUGAAAUUAUCUGAUAAUUUUGAUAGGCAUAUUUAAUACAAAUAAACGGUGCUAGUAUUAUCAGUAAA